AUGGAAGGUCGAGGAGGCGGAAAGAAGGGCGGAAAGGCGAAGCGCGGGGUUGCGAAAGAGAAGGAUGACGGAUCGUCCUACCCGGCACAGGCCCUCAUCAAGAAGGCCGAGGAGCUCGUCGAAGAAUACAAUUACGAAUUGGCACAGAGAUUUUACGAGAAGGCCCUCUCGCAGGAGCCGAGCAACACACAAGCGUUGGGAGGAUACGCUGAGGUCCUGAUGCAGCUCGGGGAGGCCGACGAGGCCUACCGGGCGCUCAUGCGCUGCAUAGAACUGUCGCCCGAGGGCGACGGCACGCCCUACCUCAACCUCGCGCAGAUCUCCGAGGGUCUCGAGGCCUUGGGCUACUACAACAAGGGCAUCGAGCUGCUGGUCAAGAAGCGUGCUGCCCUCUUUGUCGAGGAGGGAGAGACGUCAGAGAAGGUGCUCGAGCUCAACGUUCAGAUCGCAAGCGCCUUCUGCGCUGCGGCUGAGAUCUACCUUACAGACGCUUGCUUCGAGGAGAAUGCAGAGAGCGAGUGCGAGCGAUUCGUGAGUGAGGCGCUCAAGUACGAUCCGGAGAACCCCGAGGUGCAUCAGACCAUGGCCAGCCUCCGGAUAAGCCAGAACCGAAAGGACGACGCCCUGCGGUCCCUCACCCACGGCCACCAGCUCUGGGCGCACAUUGAGGAGGAUGAGGCCAAACCCGAGUACGAGUUCCGAACGAACACGGCCAAGCUCUUCCUCGAGCUGGGCCAGCACGAGACGGCGCGGCAAAUCCUGGAGGUGCUGGUCGAGGAGCACGACGCCAUCGCCGAGGUGUGGUACCUGCUGCACCUGGCCCUGGUGCCGACCGACGUCGAGCUGGCCGUCGAGGCGAUCACGCAGGCCAAGGAGCUCAUCGACGAGGAGCUGGAGAACGCCGACCACCCGGAGCUGAACGAGCUGCAGGAGCGAAUCAACACGGCACUGGCCGGGCUCCCGCAACUCCCUGAAGAGGAAGAGGGCGACGCCGUUGAAGAGGAUGAGGAAGACGGUGAGGAUGGUGAGGACGACGAUGACGACGACAAUGGUGGAGGCGACAUGACGGAAGGCUAUUGA